AUGUCUUCCAAGUUAACUUCAACAUUGGUCACCGAAUCAGCGGUGAUCAAUGCCCCGGUAUCCAAAGUCUGGUCCUUGAUUCAACUGAGAAACUUUCAGAACUUCUUUGUCGGAAUCAACAAAACGGAGAUUCUAUCCUCCAAGGAUUCUCAGUCAGAAGUGAUCAGAUGGACGUUUGACGAUGGCACAGUACUUGAUGUUAGGGAGGAGGAGUACUCGAACAUAAAGAAUCGCAUGUCUUUCCACAUCGUCCAGUGCCAACCAUGGGGGAUCCCCUACACCAAUGUCCUCAGUACUAUUCGUUUGUACCCCAUCACUAGCAGGGCUGCCGUAGGAGGGACCUUUGUGCAGUGGAGCGGUCACUACACGGCCGACGCCAACGAAGAGGCAGUAAAUGACGGGCGUAUUAAACGUCGUGAGGCCCUGGGGUUUCUCGCUGACGCGGUGGAGAAGAAUUAG